UUUGGCUAUAUGAAAAUAUGAAAAAUUUCAAUCCUUUAUCAUACUAUAUAGAAGGAACUGUUAAUUUCAUUGCGAAAGACUGUUAGAAGUAUCGUUAGUCGCAUCUUCCCAUGUCGGAAUGAUUAUGAACGGGUACCUUAUCCUCGGGGACGAUGAUGGUGUCUCGUACAUCGAUACGAAUAAUGUAGUCAUGUAUUGAAUGCACACUUAUGUAGAAAGCAUCACACGUUUGUAUGGCGGUCGUGGUAUGUGGGUCAGGAAGCCGAUGUUGCUAACAAGUGACUCGACACCGCUAGCUUUCGUCGCACCAAAUUUCAGCCUCUACCAAAUCUGGUCCUACGCGAUUCGUCGUAUUACCGUGAUGCUGAAAGUGCCCUAAAAAAGCACUCGCUAACAGUGAGUCACCUACUUACUUCAGCGAACGUACAUACGUCCGUACUUACUUACCCGCAACUUUGCUUUUGAAUGUCAGUCACGUGCUCGAAAUAAAAGUGUAUCAUACUUUGAAGUGUGUUAGCGUUCCAAAACGAAAUUGGGGGCGAGUUCGUUGUAUAUCGAUGUUUAAUGGAAUUACAAGAUAUUAUCGAACGGUAAAUUAUUAUACAGGGUGGUCCAAUUGUCAUUUAAUUAUUUGAUAUUAAUCAUUUUUCUAUUUUGCUUUCUUAGACCAAACUCAUUAGGACUUCUUUACAGAGCCCAUUAAUUGAAAUUCUUUGAGAUUGCAGUUUGAAGAAUGAAAUAUUAUUUGAACAAUAAUAUUUUGCAAAUGUUUCACGUGUUGAAUGCCACUCACGUGGUUCGUGCAUUACGUUUCUAAUUGAAUAUCCAAUCGCGACCUCUUCUCGAACAACUGACACGGAAUGCACCGGGAAAACGAGACCUGGAGGUGACGAGGAACUCGGUUAGCCGCUACUUUUUGACAAAAGCUACUUAAACUUAAGAAUCUUAACAAACGGUGUUGUAUACAGAAAGGUGGAAUGGAAGAAAGGUUCUUGAUCGCGUUUAAGCAGGAAGAAUCGGUAGGAUGAUCAGCGAACCGCGACACCCUAAACCGGACUGUCUACUCCUUGAUGGUCAACCUUCCAUAUCUAAGUUAAUUGUUGUUUCUGCUUCACGCCAACAAUGAGAUGCGUUCAUACCUUCACCUCGGACACGUUGAUUAACGUAGCCGUGAAAUUUAAUAGUUUGUAAGAAAGUGUUUCUGUUAUUAACCCUGUAACGGCGGACCAUGGAGAGAGGCCCAAUUUUAAUGUAAUCAUUCGAGUGUUGGUCACCAUUGACCUCCAUGGCAUUCGAUGUGUUAACGACUAGUUGUCAUAGGGUAAUUAGUAUCAAAACGCAGAGUAUCCUCCUGCCUAACUGAUUCGAUAUUUAUCCACCGAUGGACAAUUGUAAUAUUUCUUUACUGACACGACACGAUGGCAUUUCAGGAGAGUCCAUGUCACCCUGGGUCCUCGCGAUUCGUCGUAUCAAAAGUUGGCCUGAAUACCGAAGAGGCACGUAAAAGAAGUACUGAAGACGACGAGUCAGUCAGUCGCAGAAGUCAGCCUCGUUCUCGAUGGCAACCAGCACGUCGGUUGUUAGCUGCCGAGGUAGAGGUGGUAGAGAAGAGCCUGGAAGUGGGGGAGCAGAACACCUGGACAACUUCCUGCCAGGGAGUAAGCACUUCAGUCUUCAGUAAAGAUCGUUUCACUUUGGUCGAGCUUUGGAUUUCGUGUACAUCCGCAACGAUAAUACGAGCCUGGUACCAUCGAUAAAGAAGAAAUUGCGUCACGUGUCUUUGAAUGGUACCGGUAUUUCAACGACGCCCUGGCGAUCUUCCGGAUUCAAUCGCGAAAUGACGCUCAUCCGGCGGUGAAUUUGAAAGACGAAGAUCUCAGUGCCCCUUCUGUUGGAUUAACGAUACUUGCAGCGGUCGUGGUGUUGUUGAGAAGAAAUCUUCCGCUAACUGUCAUUGAUCAUUUUUGGACCUAAGAAUCGUUGGAAAAGAGCAGCCUGCUGGGUCAUGGAGAGAGUCACCGUGUGUCUUUUCAUCAUCGUUGCUUUGGCUGCACAAGAUUGCAAUGGCGCUGGAUGUGGUUACCCUGGGGCACCUGCGCACAGUAGUGUCCGAUUCACCGGUACAAGCGCCGAGGAUGUGAUAGAUGAGGAGGAUGCCCUUCUUAAGGACACGGUACUCCCCGAGGGUACAGUGGCUACUUAUUCCUGCGAACGGGGAUUCGAACUCCUUGGUCCUGCGAGGAGACAAUGCCAGGCGGAUGGUUCCUGGACACCGGAAGGAGUACCCUUCUGCGUUUUAAAUGUCGCUGGAGGUAAGGCGCCGAUGCAGUCGAGCAGCACGGAAGGUGGAAUUCCGCAAAGGGCUGUCGAUGGUAGCAGCGGUCAAAUUUACACCCCUCAAACUUGCACCCUCACCAGACCGGAGCACAGACCAUGGUGGUACGUGAAUUUACUCGAACCGUACAUGGUGCAACUGGUUCGACUGGAUUUUGGCAAACCAUGCUGUGGCGAUGGUAUAUCUGGAACGAUUGUAGUUCGUGUCGGCAACAAUAGGCCCGACUUGGGAACGAAUCCAAUUUGCAAUCGUUUCACCGGACCCCUCGAAGAAGGUCAACCUCUUUUCUUACCCUGCAAUCCACCUAUGCCUGGAGCUUUCGUUUCCGUACACUUGGAAGCGAACACGCCGACACCGAUUCCGGUGCAGCUUUCUUUAUGCGAAGCUUUCGUCUACACCGAUCAAGCACUUCCGAUCGAGAGAUGCCCUCAGUUUCGUGACCAACCCCCAGGCUCGACGGCCACUUACAAUGGAAAGUGUUACAUAUUUUACAAUCGUCAACCGAUGGUAUUCAGAGAAGCUCUGGCGUUUUGUCGAGCCCGAGGCGGUACUUUGGUGGACGAAAGUAAUCCAGCGUUGCAGGGAUUCAUAUCGUGGGAACUUUGGAGGAGGCAUAGGAGCGACACUUCGAGCCAAUACUGGAUGGGUGCGGUGAGGGAUCAAAAAGAUCGCACGGUUUGGAGAUGGACAGGAAGCGGCGAAGAGGUUUCAGUUUCUUUCUGGAGUCUGCCUCAGGGCACCGAGGAAGACUGCGCUCGAUACGAUGGCAGCCGAGGUUGGCUUUGGUCCGAUACCCCUUGCACGGCUCGAUUAAAUUUCAUCUGCCAACACCAACCGCGAGCGUGUGGAAGGCCAGAGCAACCCCCAAAUUCGACGAUGACCGUAAUUACAAGCACAGAACAAAAUCCCGGAAGUGCAUACGAAGUUGGAGCAACGGUAGAGUACACGUGUAGCGCUGGUAGCCUACUCAUUGGCCCAUCCACUCGUACUUGCCUCGAUACUGGCUUUUACAACGAAUUUCCGCCGGUCUGCAAGAGCAUCGAAUGCGGCUAUCCAGCGAGUAUAAAACACGGAGGGUAUACGCUCAUCAAUAAUACCGUUAGUUACUUGAGUCAGGUGCUUUAUUCUUGCGAAGAAGGAUACGAAAUGACUGGCCGCGCAAGAUUAACUUGCGACAUUGAUGAACGCUGGAACGGACCACCGCCCAGGUGCGAACCCAUCCUGUGCGACCCGCCGACACCUGUUCCGCACAGUUACAUUCAGAUAGAUGAAAUUGACGAAAGUGAAACGAUGCCAGCGAAGGCGAGCGUCAAUCGAAGUCUUCUCGUGGGUAGUAUCGUUACAUACACCUGCGAGAAGGGAUAUAAACUGACUGGAUUCAGACAGAUACUCUGCUUACCCACUGGCUCAUACGAUCAUGCAGCGCCUACUUGUACAGAAGAGCCCCGAAACCCAGUGACUGUUCCUACCCGAAUGACAGUCAGACCGACCACAGCUAGGACUCGUCAUACAUUUUUACCGCCAAGAGUUCGCACAACAAUCGUCUCCACGACAUCCACGACCACAACCAUACCGGUACCUUCUCAAAAGGCUCCGAACACCGCCGAAUUACCGGCAACGGUUAAAGAGACUAUUGCAAGGAAGCCAAGCGUUGGACUUCAAAGGCCAGCUCCGUCUCCUUCUACCGGCAUAAACGACGGCGGUAGCGAUCAUCCUCAGGAUAACGAAAUCUCUGGCAGCGGUGUGGAUAAUGCACAGGCUGGAAUAGGUACCGGUGUCCCGGAACCAUCGGGACCAUUCAGAGUGGACAGCGGUGAUCAACCGAGUAACACCCAUCAAGCGAAAUUAAAUCUAGGCGCAGUGAUCGCCCUGGGUGUCUUCGGUGGUUUUGUAUUCCUUGCCGCUGUAAUUACGACGGUCGUAAUACUCAUACGCAGAAAUCAUGGUAGAAGCAGCAAACACUAUCGGCAUCGUGCGUCCCCCGAUUGCAAUACCGUGGCUAGCUUUGGAAGCAGUUCCUUGGAGAGCCGAGGAGGUCUGAACCGUUAUUAUCGUCAAGCUUGGGAAAAUCUACACGAGACGGCCGGUCACAAGGGCAACCAUCCUCCUCUUCGUCGCAAGGAAACCCUGGAUGAACCAGGAUACCGAGAGAAUUACCGUGGUAACAACACCGAAAGAGAUGGCUCUGAAUUAGUCGUCAGCGACGUAGCUACUUUUUCAUCGAACAAGCAUGCAAGCAUUUCUGACAAGAAACGCCAUCACCAUCACCAUCAUCAUCAUCAUGGUAACUCGACACCCGAAUGGAGACAGUCUCAGUCUCAGUCUCAUCACAGAUAUUGAACACCGAACGCAUUAGGUAGGAUCUUUUGUAUUUGAGGUUUUUCAGUGAAUCAUUUACUGGAUCACGAAUAAACUUCCAUCGUAACUUAAAUAGUGCUUUCUAUCAAAAGAAGCUCCUCGAAUCAACACCAUGGAAACAGGAGAAGAAUAUGGGUUUCUUCUAUGCUCUUGGAAUAGCACCUGGAAAGCACUGUUUUAUCAGGUAUUCUGUAAUUAACAACAUAAGAACAUGUUCCUGUGUUUUGUCUUGAUGCAGAAUCAUCGUUUCUUUUUUUGUUCAAUCAUAUCAGCAAUUACAACUGUACGUCAAUACAUUUUAAAUGGACCUGAAAGUGGUGAGUGAUUAAACGUUGCGUAGGAGAAUUGAUAAACGUGAUUUAAUAGAUAAAAGAUAGAUCAUCCUACAUUUGUUGUUCUGUUAUACAGUAAAUUAUUUACACGUACGUUAAUACGUAAUGUAAAUACCGUAUAUUCCAAUAGCGUAAGUAAGAGAAGGAAGUUGUGAAUGUAGGAGGAUCACAAGUUGAUCGAAGAACAUGCCAAAAAAAUGAGAGAGUAAUAUAUAUAUACGUAUAUAAAUAUAUCUAUAUAUAAUUACUGAUCAAACGAUUUAUAAUAUUUGUUUCUUUUUAAGUUAUUGUAGUUCGUUUAUAGUAAUGCUCUCAACGUACAAUAUUCACGAAAAUCACAUGUUCGAUAAGAUUAAAAACUGUUAUGGGCACCUUGGCCUCGCCUUAUAAGGACAUUGAUCAAAUUUCUCAUAACAUAAUAUUUUUAGGAGACACUAUUAAGGACAGGCCGACGUUAUCCAUUUCAGAAUCAAAAUUGAUUUAGUUAUAAUGCUCGACUUAAGAUAAUUUAAGGAUAUUCACAUCAAAUCUGUUUUCACAGAAUCGAGUACAUUAAUGAAAUAUUUA